AUGACGUCCAAUGCGCAGCCGACAAAAUCCAGAUGGGGUGUUGGCGCCUUACUACAGCAAGCAGUCUCGGGAGUAGAAUCUCGACUGGAUACAAUUCUGGCAAAUGAUGAAGAAUCACCGAAGACGUCUGGACCCAAAGCCGAGGAUGCAGCUACCAAGUCUGCUUUAACGGCCGCAAAACCGGCCGGAAUUACUCGAACCUCCUCCACAGCUCGCAAAAAUGACCGCUUGCAAGAACGUCUGGCGAGAGCCGUGGCCAAGUCACAAAGCCCGACAAUGUCCGGUAGCCCCCGCUCGUCCAUUGAUGUACCGUCUCGUUCGUCGACCCCGUUACAACCUACCGAAGCACGCGCUAGUCUGGACAGUACGAGGACGAGCUUAGAUCAAAGUGUAUCCAGUGCCCGCAACAACGAAGCUAUUACCGUUACUGUGACCAGAGAUAGUCUCGACUCAGUCAGUCAACCGCGGACUUCCAAGGAAUUGUCCGUGAUUGAGCAUAUGCCGGAUAACAACAACGAAGAAGCCGAGGGCGAAGUGCCAGAGAUCGUUGAGCCGGAAGUAGCAGACGACUCAGCCAAGCAAGAUACUUUUGACGCUUCAGAUAUCAUUGUACAGCCCGAAUUCACAAAGCCGCCUUCUCCACCUACAAAUGACCCAUUUGAGGAGCUAAGGGCUGAACACCAAGCUGCAGAGUCUAGAUGGCAGGAAGAUAUGCACGAAUACAUCGAAAGAAUUGACGCAUUACAGUCUAAAUUGAUGUAUCUGGCUAAAGAAGCUGCAGACUCCGCACGCGACGCAGCCACCGCCGCGAAACCAGGCAGCAUCGAAAAACGACUAUCCGAAAAGGAUGAGCGCAUAGCAUUGCUACUUGAAGAGGGACAGAAACUGUCCAAAACAGAGUUAGACAACCGUACCGUCAUCAAGAAGUUGCGACAACAGUUGGCAGAAAGCAACAAACAGGAAACUGAGCUAAAGCGACGCACGGCCAAACUAGAGCGAGACAUUAGCGAUGCAGAAGCACGAGCGAAAAGGGCGGAGGCAUCGGAGAAGAAGGCACUGGAAAGCUUGACUUCGCAAUCGAGAGCUUCCAAGGACUUCGAAUCUAUCACAUCUGAAAGAGACGCAUUAUCCUCAACAGUGGAGGAACUUAGGAGUCAAUUAUCCAGGGCAGUCUCUCGCGCCGAAAUAGCAGAAUCAAAAGCUCAAGCUGAGGUUGUGGAACACUCGAAACGGCGCAUCACAGAACUUGAAGACGAUCUAUCAAGCGCAAAGAUAGAACGAGAACUCAGCGAGGAGAAACUGAGAAGAGAGAUUCGAAGUUUGCAAGAUCAUCUAGAACGAGAGAAGGAGAACGCUCGAUUGUUAGAAGCCGAACUAAAGAGCGAACAAUCAGUGCUGGAAAGCAAGAUGGAGAGUCUUCGCUCCAGAGCCGAGGAGGUGUCCUCUAGCACGGCCGGAGAGACGCAAGCGAAAUUACUUCGUCAAAUCGAGACACUGCAGACACAGUAUGCGGUGGCCAGUGAAAAUUGGCAAGGUAUUGAGAGUUCAUUACUGUCAAGGCUGAACGGAAUGGAGAAGGAACGUGACGAAAUUGCCCGUAAAGAGGCAGACUUACGACGGAAAACUCGGGAAGUGAACAUUAGAGCCAAGAAGGCAGAGGAUGAGCUCGAAACUGCAAAUGAAACGAUUGCGGACUUGGACCGCUCACUGCAAGAGACGAAGCAGCAAUUGCAGAAACUUGACCAGCGAGUUGAAAAGUCAGAAGAAGACCUCAACGCAGUUCGAAAGGAAUUGGCAGACAAGGAGAAGUCGGUCGAAUCAUUCUGGACUCAGAAACUCGAAGAAGAAAGGGUAAGAUGGAGAGACCAGGUUGCUUCGCCGCCGCCUUUUCUUCAAGAACCUCGAACAGUGUCGCCUGUCGCUUCGAGCCGUAGAUCAACAGGUCUCGAUCCUCUGACCAUUGAUAGCCGUCCACUGAGCCGCCGCUCAUCCACUCUGCCGUCUCAAGAGAUGGGAGCUCCUUCACGAACGAACUCCUUCCCUUCAUUCCAGGGUAUGGGCUCGCCCCAUGCAUCAAAUGGUCUCCCCAAUCCCAAUUUGUUGGGUGCACCGCCUAUCCACACACUGGAGCCAGAUGAAUAUUACAGCGGGACGCCUGCCACGCCGUCGGCUUAUGGAGCGCAAACAAGCCACUCCCGCGGAAAUGGCAUCAACGAAAUAAUCUCUGUGUCCACGGUUGGAGCCGGCCCAUCUGUACAGCUCGUUGAGCGUAUGAGCGCGACUGUCCGACGGCUCGAAAGUGAACGAGCUGCGACAAAAGAUGAGCUCGAGCGCAUCACAGCACAGCGAGACGAAGCCAGGAAAGAGGUUGUCGAAUUAAUGCGAGAAUCCGAAGAGAGGCGCAAAGCGGAGUCGCGUAUCGAGGAACUGGAAAUGCAAGUUGCGGAGCUUGACCAGCGCUAUCAAACGACACUAGAGCUCCUUGGAGAGAAGAGUGAGCAAGUCGAUGAGCUGCAAGCCGAUAUUGCAGAUCUCAAGAAGAUAUACCGGGAGUUGGUUGAUAGCACCAUGAAAUGA